AUGAAUAUGUUGGAUGAUGAAGAUGACCAAAGCUUUCACGCUACGCGUGACGGCUACUCCCAUUUAAGCGAUGUCGAAUGGGAUGCGGUUGAACGAAUGAGUUCGACCAUGGGCAUCCAUGCUGUUAGCGUCAUGCUAGAAGCUCUCAAUAGAGAUGCCCAACAUGCUACUAUCGCCAAGUUCAUUCAAAAUGAACUUGACGCUGAACGCGAGAAAGUAGCCUUGCUUCACCAACAAGGUUCUCAACAAGCAGAGUUGUUGAGAGAACAGGGUGCUCAACAGUUUGAACUGUUGAGACAGCAGCAGGCUGCUGCUGGCGGGUCGAUGCACUCGCGUCGACCCGAGACUUUGAAGAUUGACAUCUCCAAGUAUAGGGGGGUCGAAGAAGACUCCCUCUUGAGAUGGUUCGUCGAAUUGGAUGACGCCAUAAGGGCGCGUCGCAUCGAUGAUAGGGAAAUGCAAGUUGCAUUUGCCCAGUCAAAUCUGGCAGGACGUGCCAAGACUUGGGCACUGGGGCUCAAGUUGCACGACCCAUAUGCGUUUGGGUCGUUGGAAGUCUUCAAGUCGCGGCUCAGACAAACGUUUGAACCGCCUAGAGCUGAGUUUAGAGCUCGAACUGAACUCUUGAAGCUCAAACAGGGUAAGCGUGAUGUGCACGCUUACGCCCAACAUAUACGAAAUCUUACGAGUUGUAUAAGUUCCAAUCCGGUGGAUGAACACACGUUGGUUUCGGUGUUCAUGCAGGGUCUUGCGGAUGGUCCCGUCAAGAAUCACCUGUUCCGGCUUGAACUAGAUUCACUAGAACAAGCCAUUUACAUUGCGGAACAGGAAUACUUCAGUCUGAGACAGGCUCGCGCCAGCUCGACAUCAUAUCGUCAACCGAGACGAUAUGACAACGGAGGUCCAGAGGCGAUGGAACUCUGUUAUGUAGAGAGCGAGAAGGCUCGCUCUACAGACUACAAGAAGUUGCAGAAAUGCAACAGAUGUUAUAAGACAGGACACUACGCUUACGAGUGUAGUCCCCUCUUCCAGAGUCUUGCAACACUGGGCGUAGUUACCGUCCACCCAUGA